CCCAAAAAUGAAUAUCCUUGCAUCUUUCUUUCAAAUGUAGUUUCAAAAUCACCUGUGUGUGUGCCUCUGGAUUAUCUGCAACCAUGAUAAUCUAUGUAAUCAAUGAAAGUGCUUCAUCUUUUCCCAAAGCAGAAGCAGACGCAGAUGAUCAAACUAUCUUUCGAUGGAUCAGUAUUUUCAAUUCGCACAAAAAUACCACAAUAUGUUAAUGCUAACUCUUCUCGUCAUCUCACAACUGUAUAUGAACGUGGCUGCUUGAAGGAAACCGUACACAAGUUUCUAAACGCAGUAGACAAACCCGUGCAUUUUUCUUCUGAAAAUGUUUCUCUCUUGCAGACCUGCACUAAGACGAAAGCCUUACCAGAGGCCAAACUAAUCCAUGCCCACAUCAACGAAAUCGGAUUCAUAGCUGACAGACGUUUGGAGAACACGCUUCUCAAUAUGUAUGUAAAAUGUGGAACUGUGGAGGAUGCUCGGAAAGUGUUUGACAACAUGCCUGAUAGAGAUGUCUGUUCAUGGACUGUCAUCAUUGCAGCUUAUUCAAAACAGGGUUCUGCUGAGGAGGCAUUGUCACUGUUUAAUCGAAUGCAAACAACAGGUAUUCAACCCAAUCCAUUCACAUAUUCCAGCAUUAUUUCGGCAUGUGGUAACCUGGCAUCUUUGGAGAAGGGCAUGGAUAUUCAUGAACAGAUAAUUAGAAGUGGGUUUCAGUCUCAUGUCUCUGUGGGGAAUUCCCUUGUAGAUAUGUAUGCUAAAUGUGGUAGAUUAGACAAAGCACGCGAACUGUUUGACAAAAUGCCUCAACGAAAUCUCAUCUCCUGGACUGUGAUGAUUGCUGCAUAUUCAAAGCAUGUAAAAUCUCCUGGCGACGCGUUGGCUUUGUUUAACCGGAUGCAAAGAGAAGGAUUUCAACCGAACCAGUUUACAUUUGCUAGUGUCCUUCCGGCGUGUGGGGACUUGGGGUUCCUGAAACGGGGUGUAGAGAUUCAUGAAGAAAUAGUAAAAUGUGGGUAUGAGUCUGACCUAGUUGUGGCGAAUGCCCUCGUAGACAUGUAUGCCAAAUGUGGAAGCAUAGAAACUGCGCGCCAUGUAUUUGAUAAGAUGUCGAAGCCUGGUGUGGUUGCAUGGACUGCACUGAUUGCAGGAUAUGCACGGAAUGGACAGGUUGUUGAGGCUCAGAAAUUGUUUCAGGAAAUGCCUCAGAGAAAUGUGGUCACAUGGAACGCAAUGAUUGUAGGAUUUGCACAGAAUGGACUUAUGGAUGAGGCACUGAAACUCUUUCAGGAAAUGCCUCAGAGGGAUGUGGUCUCGUGGAAUGUAAUGAUUGUAGGAUAUGCACAGAAUGGGAUGCUUGACGAGGCCCUGAAGCACUUUGAAGAAAUGCCUGAAAGAGAUAUUGUUUCGUGGAAUGGGAUGAUUGCAGGCUAUGCACAGAAUGGAUUUGUUGAUGAAGCCUUGAAACUCUUCAAGGAAAUGCCACAACAAGAUGUGGUCUCCUGGAAUUCAAUGAUUGCAGGAUACACACAGAAUGGGCUAAUUGAUGAGGCUCUAAAGCUUUUUAAGGAAAUGCCCCAACAAAAUGUAGUCUCAUGGAAUGCUAUGAUUGCAGGAUUUGUACAGAAUGGGCAUGGUGAGCAGGCCCUGGAGCUUUUUCAACAAAUGCAAUUGGCUGGUAUGACACCAGACUCAAAGACCUUUGCCAGUAUCCUCCCAGUGUGUGCUAAUAAUGGCGCUCUAGGAAAAGGUAUGGAGAUUCAUGAAGUAAUACUUAGGACUGGAUUACAGUUUGAUGUCAUUGUGGUGAAUUCUCUAAUAGACAUGUACGCUAAAUGUGGGAGCAUAGAGAAAGCACGGGUAUUAUUUGACAAAACAAGUCAGAGAGAUGCCGUUUCUUGGACAACAAUGAUUACAGGAUAUGCCAUGCAUGGCUUUGCGAAAGAAACCCUCAGACUCUUCAAACAAAUGAGAGACUCUGGCAUGAUCCCAGAUCGCAUCACCUUACUUUGUGUUUUGAUUGCUUGUAGUCGUGCAGGUCUGGUGGAUGAGGGCUUUGAAGUAUUCAAUUGCAUGAGUGAAUAUUAUCAUGUCACACCUACAACGGACCAUUAUAGCUGCAUGGUUGACCUCCUUGGCCGAGCUGGGCGUCUGGACGAAGCACAUGAUUUUAUCAACAAAAUGCCCAUAAAACCCAGUGCUUUCGUGUGGAGUAGUUUGCUUGGUGCUUGUAGAAUUCACAACAACAUAGAAUUAGGAGAACAGGUAGCAGAACACAUUUUUCAGAUAGAUCCUAACAAUCCUUCACCUUAUGUGCUUCUCUCAAACAUCUAUGCUGCAGCUGGCAGGUGGGAUGACAUUGAAAAGGUUCGGAAAAUGAUGAAAGACAGAGGCAUAAAAAAGACGCCUGGAUGCAGCUGGAUCGAGCUCAGUAAUCAGGUUCAUAGUUUUUUUGUGGGAGACAAAUCACAUCCACAAACAGAGGAAAUCUAUGCAGAGUUGGAGAGAUUGACUUGCAAGAUGAAAAUGGCAGGAUAUGUUCCCAAUACAAGUUUUGUGCUGAAUGAUGUGAAGGAGGAAGAGAAGGAACGGGUUCUUUAUUACCAUAGUGAGAGACUAGCCAUUACAUUCGGUAUUUUAAACACAUCCCCCGGAACAACUAUUCGAAUUAUGAAAAACCUUCGGGUGUGUGGUGAUUGCCACUCUGCAACAAAGUUCAUAUCUAAGAUUGUUGCACGAGAAAUUAUUGUUCGAGAUGUUAGCCGUUACCACCAUUUCAAGGAUGGACAGUGUUCUUGUGGAGACUACUGGUGAUAUCACGCGAAUCGCUAUAAACAUCAAUUUGGAUUACAUCCAUAUAAGGUCUGUCGUCAGCCUUGCAGGCAGAUUUAUUUUGGAUUUCCAAUGAAGUGCACUGUUUAGAGAUUCUAGUCUAUGUUGUGGCCAAAACAGUUUGAGCAAUAACAUGGAAUUACUAAUGGGGUAUAUGGCACUCGUAAGAAAUUCAGUAGAAUGCUAACUUGUAUAUUAUAUUAGUUUAUGAAACCUACAUUAAAAAGUUCUUUUUAUUUUCCACUAGUUAAAAUAUGGGGUACUGAUAGAGAGUUCCUCUGCAGUAUAUUGUACAACAUACGGAGCUUGAGUAAAAUACAGGACUGUGCGAGGUGUUUUGAGAGUAGGUAAAUUU